GAGGUUAUGAAAAUGAGAAAAGCCUGAGAAGAAAAAUAUUGAAGAGAUUUCAAAGGUAGUUUAUGUGUAAAGAUCUGAGGGUGAUAUUCCGUCCAUUUGUUAUAAAAUUUUGAGAAAUAUUUACAGACUAUUAGGAGAAAUCUAAGAUUACUUUUGUUUAACGGUGUAGUAGGCAGUUGAUGUUUCGGUGUCAGGGAAAAAUCCAUGUGGGAAAUUUAAAAAUCCAAUUGAAUUGAUUUCAGCAGCUUCCUGGACAUGAAGUACAAGUGCCACGCAUCAAAAAGUCUGGACCUUGUUAAGGUGGACCACAAAUGCCUCAUAGUUUCGUAUGAAUUUGCCCCUCGGAACACUUCCAGAAAAUGGGCAAAUGAACGGGAUUGGACGGAAAUCCACAGUGCUGUCCAGUCCUUCAUUGAGCAGAAGAAGUAUCAGAGGAGCUCUCAGACGGAGAUCAUAGAUAUACCUGGGGAUAUUCAAUUAGAUAUCCGCCCAAAAGAGCGUCCAAGCUACUUGGCAAAAUUCUUUGAUUACCCUCCGGAAAACUUGCACGGGAACUAUUUGGCUGUAUUUGUGUCCUUUGGGAAGCUUCAGGCGGAGCUUGAGCGUCUCAAGGCAAAAACCAAUGGGUCAAAGGACGAUGAGAUCUUUGUGAGUUCUCAGGAUUCCGAAGAGGACACUUAUGUGCCUAAAUGUAAUACGCCAAAGGCAGCGGUCACGUACACUCCCAGCAAGAAUAUCAAACCAUUGGAUGUUGAGGAAUAUGUGCCGAAUUUUAUAUGUGCUCAGCCACCAGACACUCAAACUCAGUACAAAGCCACGAAGCGCAAAAGGCGCGAGAUUGCCAGGGUGACAUCUCCGGACAUCAUCCCACCAAUUACAGACACUCCAAGGCCUUCCACAUCUUCUGUACGAAAGUCUCCUCGCACCCGGCGCCCCACAAACAUCCUUGACAGCCAAGCUAUUUUUGACACUUCCCCUGGAGAUUCUCUUCCCGCCAAAGAGGACGAGGAGCCUGGUACUCUUCCUCAUCGCAAAAGCAACGAUUUAUUCGGUUCGGACGUUACAGAAUCAGAUAUCGAACUGCAGGAAACUCCAGUUCCAACCCAGGAAGUGCAAAAAGCAAAAAAGAAGCUCAUCUUGUCAGAUUGGGUGACGAGGGAGUCAAAGGACUCCAAAGAAGUAAAAGAGCCUCCAAAAAAACGCGAUCUACGCAUAAUCUCCCCAACGCAGUUGGUUAAAAAGAAGAAGAGGAAGCGCGAGAAGGAGAAGAAAAAAGAUUCCGGAAAGUCACCAAAUCCACCAAACAGACAGACCUGUAGUCACAUUCCGGUGAGUCGUUUGUUGAGUUCCUACAGGCUAGUCGAAGAGGAAAUGAACAAAGUUGUGGAGGAAUUCCAUAGAACUAAGCGCAUUCCCAAAGUCAAGGACUUCCACUACACUAGAUACGUUGAUCUCAUCACGACGGAGCAGACCAAUGCUGCAAUGAAAUUCCUGGAUGAGAAGUACACAGAUCCCAAUGAGAAUAGUGCCAGGCUUUUGACUGUACUGACGGAAUACGUCCUACCCGAAUGGAUUAUGAGGGUUUUCAUGACGGAGUACAAGAUGAACAGGCAGGAAGCCAUUGACUACUUACUCAAGACUGAGCAGAAAGCAGGCCUUGAAUGGAAAUAACAAAAAAAAAUGAAUAUUUUUGUACCAGGUUUAUGAGAAGUUUAUAUGAAAUACGUUAAUUUGAAUUACAAAAAAAGGAUUUUGAUUCUUAU